AGCGCUGGGAUUACGAGUGCUGACAUUAAAAAGCUGAUGGAAGCUGGUUUUCAUACCGUUGAAAGCAUACAAUUCGUGCCGAAGAAGGCGCUUCUGGCGAUCAAGGGGAUCAGUGAAAUGAAGGCGGACAAAGUCUUGGAGGCAGCGAAGAAAUUAGUACCUUUCGGGUUCACUACAGCAACUGAAUUUCACCAGAAACGUUCAGAAAUAAUCCAGUUGACGACUGGAUCAAAGGAACUUGACAAACUUCUGCAAGGCGGAAUUGAGACAGGUUCUAUCACCGAGCUUUUUGGAGAAUUUCGUACCGGAAAGACGCAAAUUUGUCACACACUUGCUGUAACCUGCCAGGUUCGUUUCUCACUCUUUACUUUCCAGUUCAACUUAGCAUAUCUUGCAUGCUUACUUGGUGCAACUGAGAUCAUGCCUGACCUAGACGAGGUAACUUUUAUACACAGUGAUUACAUCAAGCGACAGCAUUUUAAUUCAACCGUAGCAAUGAACGACUCCCAUCAUUGUUCCUCAAAGUGUAGGGUUAAGCAGCGGUAA